CAGAAGCGGAAAGGAUAAACAUUUUAAUGGUUUAUUGUCGUGGUAUGCAGCUAGCAAAGUCGGUCUCUUGAACCAAAGAAAUUUAGGAGUCUGAUGAUUGGCGUUGUUUUUUUUUCAUUUUCCCCCAAUUUAUUUGCAAAUCGUAAAUAAUGGGUAUCAAACAGCUCUUGAGCUCAACAUGGCGAAUUGCCGUUUUCUUCGUUAUUCCGCUAGCAAUUCUGCCGUUUCCUCUUGUGGUGAAUACGCAGCUGGCGGGAGCGACGUAUGUCUUGAUGAUCAACAUAAUCUUCUACAUCCUCAUGCCGAUUCCCUUGGCCAUCAAUGCCAUGCUGCCCGUUUUCCUGUAUCCGCUUCUGGGCGUUCAUCCUGCUGGGCAAAUCGCAACAUGGUUUAUGAAUGAUCCGACAACAUUGCUAAUAUCCAGUAUGGCGUUCGCUCUGGGCAUCGAAGCCGUUAACCUCCAUGAGCGCAUUGCUUUAAAAGUCUUGACGGUAUUAGGACCUCGGCCAGAACGUUUACUGUUGGCGUUUCUCAUCGUUUCCGGUUUCUUGUCCAUGUGGAUAAGCAAUAUCGCCGCCGUGGUGAUGCUGCUACCCAUCGUCCGCGCUGUUAAUAAAGACUUGUGCGAACAAGAGAACAACAUCACCGGAAAUGAUGCUGUGUCGAUAAACAGUAAAGCGGUCAACGAAGAGUUCGCUGAAGAUCCACCGGCAAGCACGAAAGUCCAAAAGUUCACCAUGGGUCUGGUUUUAUCCAUCAUCUAUGGGGCUUCCAUUGGCGGCAUGUCGACACUGAUUGGGGCUCAUCCGAACAUCGUCUUCAAACUAGUUAUGGAUCAAAUUUACGGUGACGUGACCGGUGUUAAUUUCGCAACACACAUGAUGAUCUGCACACCGUUGGGCAUUGUGUCGCUGCUGAUUGUCUGGCUGCUCAUGACCAUCAUGUAUGUGCCGGAUUACAUCAAAUCCUGCUGCAAGAAACAGGAACGCACACCGGAAGAAAUGCGAGCACAAGACAAACUGCAUAAAAAUUUAAAGGGUCAAUACGAGAAACUCGGAUCAAUUAGAUUUGAGGAAGGAUCCGUGAUAUUCUUUUUCUUAUUCCUGCUUAUGUUAUGGUUCUUCCGGAGCCCUAGCGUAUUUCCUGGAUGGGAAAUUGCCUUUAAAAAGGGUUACGUUUCCGACAACGCGCCCACAUUACUGUUGGUCGCCACGCUCUUUGUCUGGCCACGGAGUCUUAAAGCACUGUGGACUACCGGCAAACACGACCCCAUCCUGACGUGGCCCAUCAUGCAGCGGCGUUUCCCGUGGGAGAUCUUCCUGUUUGCCUGUGGCACCAAUGUCUUGUCAGAAGGGUCGACACGCGGUGGAAUUGCGGAGUGGACAGCCGAACAGAUGAACGCACUGAGCGGCAUUCCUCCGUGGGCCAUGAUGAUUCUCAUCAGUCUAGUUACGGCGAUCUUGACGGAAUUUAUCGGGAAUUCUACACUGGUUACGCUGCUGUUACCAAUAUUAGCAACAUUCGCUACGCAGUCGCUGGUGAAUCCGAUCUAUUAUCUCCUCCCGGCCGCUUUAUGCACAAUGCUGUCCUUCAUGACGCCGGUGGCUGCGCCCAUUACCGCGUUAGUCUACGGCGAAAAACUGGUAACCCGGCGUGAAAUGUGCGUAACCGGAUUGAUUCCUAAAAUUACCUGCUUUAUCUUGGUUAUACUGUUUGUUAAUACAUUCGGCGAUCUGGUGUACAAUGUGCACCAUUUUCCGCAAUGGGCAAAUCUUAGCGCAGCUAAUAAUGCCAGCUCUGUUCACAGAGUUCGCGUUCUGAAUUUGUUUCUUAAUGAACCAAUAUAAGAAGUUGCCUAAGCAAAGGUACUACAGAGUACCAUACUUCUCUCGCGAUGUCAAGCUGUGCUUAAUUUCGCUGAUGCUGCAUACUUUUGCAGUUUUGCUCACCUGUGUUUGUGUCUUUAAAUCGUAUCCCUUUAAAGUUUUAUGCAUCGAAAUAAUAUAACUUAAGACGUG